GAUGCUCAGGCCACAGUUCCCGGCGCGCAGUCGCAGCUGCCCCUCGCUCCCGCCCCCGCCUGGAGUCCGACGUGGAAGUUGCUGGCUGACUGGGCUUGCGAGGAAACCGCCUCGGAGCUGCCGCCGAAGGCCAAGGAAUCACUGAAGAUCGGCGAGGGAGGACAGGCGGUUCAUCAUGGGUGGCUUUUUCUCAAGUAUAUUUUCCAGUCUGUUUGGAACUCGGGAAAUGAGGAUUUUAAUUUUGGGAUUAGAUGGAGCAGGAAAAACCACAAUUUUGUACAGAUUACAAGUUGGAGAAGUUGUUACUACUAUACCUACCAUUGGAUUUAAUGUAGAGACGGUGACAUACAAAAACCUUAAAUUCCAAGUCUGGGAUUUAGGAGGACAGACAAGUAUCAGGCCAUACUGGAGAUGUUACUAUUCAAACACAGAUGCAGUCAUUUAUGUAGUAGACAGUUGUGACCGAGACCGAAUUGGCAUUUCCAAAUCGGAGUUAGUUGCCAUGUUGGAGGAAGAAGAGCUGAGAAAAGCCAUUUUAGUGGUGUUUGCAAAUAAACAGGACAUGGAACAGGCCAUGACUUCCUCAGAGAUGGCAAAUUCACUUGGGUUACCUGCCUUGAAGGACCGAAAAUGGCAAAUAUUCAAAACAUCAGCAACCAAAGGCACUGGCCUUGAUGAGGCAAUGGAAUGGUUAGUUGAAACAUUAAAAAGCAGACAGUAAUUCAGUCCAUUCUUCUCCCCUGAAACGAAGACUACAUCACCUCUCUCCCUUUGGAAACAGUCAAGUGUACUUCACACUACUAGAUGUUAAAACUGUAUGAUUAUUGGCAUAUACUGACUGACUGCAAUGUUUGUGGUAAAUAGGGAAAAGAAAUAUUUGGUUGGAGGGAUAAUUCGAUCGAAUCACCUGAAUGUUCUAUGUAAUGUAAAAUAUUCUUUUCUUGCUUUCUUGUGUUAAGGUAUAUAUUCUAUUUGUAUGGAAUUCUUACUCAAAAUACAGUUCUAUUAAAGAAUGUACUCCUAUUGGAUGAAAAAACCUAUUUUUGAAUAGUAGUUGCAGCUUGUUUGUAUAAAUACUAAAAAAUAUCUUAACAGAUUUUUUUUCCCUUUAAAAUGAAUUAUCUUUCCAAAGAUUAGACUCAGUAGAGUAGGUGAGGAACAUAGUGUGUAUAAUAUAAUCUUUAUUUGCUUAUCUGACCACUUUUUAUUAAGCUGUUUUGUUUAAAAGCUUUUGGUUAUAGGCAUGAAUAUUAUUUUGAUGGUUAACUUCAUUGACUUAUCUGUAAUUGUCAUUUUAUAGUACUUUACAGUUGUCAAAAGAAAAAUCUUAUGUUGACCUAGCUGAUCUGUACAGAAAGCUUGUGAAGUAGGUAGGACAGGUUAUGAUGUCCUCAUUGUAUGUAUUCAGCGCACCUUUAAUUAUUUUCUGGCUUGCCCAAGGUCACCUGCUAGCUAGUAAGGUGGGAAUAAGGCUCAAAGUAAAACUUUUGGUUCAGAAGCCUGACUUAUAAACUAUACUAUAUAUUCCCAAAAAUGUCAGUAUUGACAACACAGUCUAACUCUUUAAUAAAAUUAUGCUAAUUAAAGCAGUUACAUUCAAAA